GAGCUGCGAGGUCAGAGACACAAGAUGGCGUCACCCCGUCGCGGCUCUGGAGGUGGAGACGCCGCUCGGGCUUCCUAGGGGAGGGGCGAGGCUGAGAGCUACAACCGGAGCCGUCAGCGGAACCGGGGGCGCUGCUCAGGAGAUUGAGACUCAUCUGGGAUAUAUAGAAGAAUGGCAGAGUGGGGACUUGACCCUCGGUCUCCCAUAUCCCAGAGAAGUGCCCCAACCACCAGGCCGUUGGCUGUUCUGAGGAGGUGCUGGCUGUAUUGUGGUAUCAGUACAAAGGAAGACUUCAAAUGCACUCUGGAGAAACAUUUCAUUAAUGAAAAGACCUGUGAUUUUAAUACUGAGAUUCUAAAUGGCUUCUAAGAAGUCGGGAUCCGACUUUCACGGGCCUUUCAGUUACCUUGAUGAUGUUCCAUUUAAGAUUGGAGACAAAUUCAAAACACCAGCCAAGGUUGGCUUACCCAUGGGUUUCUGCUUGCCUGACUUUCCCCAGCUUGUCAGAGAAGUCCAGUAUGACUUCUCCCUGGAAAAGAGAACUAUCGAGUGGGCGGAAGACAUCAAAAAAAUCCAAGCAGCUCAGAGAGAAGCCGAGCGAAAGGCUGCGCAAGCAAUAGCUAAUUCCAGGGCUGCUUCAGACGGCAACAGCAAAAUGGGCUUCUCAGAGGCUGUGCCGCUCCCCAUUAACCCUAUUCUCGCUAGUCUACAGCACAAUAACAUUCUUACUCCCACCCCAGCCAACAGCAGUGCCAUAAAGCAAAAGGUCCUUAGUCCACCUUACCCAAAGGCAGACUUCAACCCAGCAGAUUUUGAAUGUGAAGAAGACCCAUUUGACAAUCUGGAGCUAAAAACUAUUGAUGAAAAAGAAGAACUGAAAAAUAUUCUUGAAAUUCAUGUUGGUACGACUGGGCCAAUUGUCACCCAACUGUUGGAGAAUAACUUGCCCAAAAUAGGGCCGGAGUCUGUGUUACAAGAUCAGGAAGUUCUGGCAUCCAUAGAAAGGGCUACCUUGGACUUCAAGCCCCUUCACAAACCCAAUGGCUUUAUCACUUUACCACAGUUGGAAAACUGUGAAAAGAUGUCCCUGUCUUCCAAAGUGUCCCUCUCACCCAUCACAUCAGUGAGCAAUAUCAAAUCUCUCUCCUUUCCCAAACUCGACUCAGAUGAGAGCGAUCAAAAAAUGUCAAAGCUCACAAGCACUUUCCACAGCGCUACCUGUCUCCACAACGGCACUUUCCUCAGCUCUUUACAGGCCUGCUCUCCGAGUAAGGCUAGCGAACUCAACGGACACCAUGUUGUUGGACUUCCUGCUUUAAAUGUGGACAGUGGAAUGGAGACGUCAACAUUAUCCUCUUCAUCCAGGCUGCCUUCCCUAUCUAUGUCAACACCUUGUACAGAAGAACAAUCAUCUCAAAACACAGCAACGAAGGUACAGCCAGACUACAAGGAAUCAGAGUUCCCUAUGGUAACGCACCAAAACUUCACAGUGUCUAAAGUGCCCAGUAAUACCAGCUGUACUAAAUGGUCAAGCGGCCCCACGUACUCAGACGUGCUGCAGGCCCUGUCUGCCAGUGAGAGGCAGUGUGUGGAAACAGUCGUCAACAUGGGAUACUCUUACGAAGACGUCAUGACAGCCAUGAAGAAGAAAGGACAGAAUAUAGAACAGGUGCUUGAUUAUCUGUUUGCACACAGCCACCUCUGUGAGAAGGGCUUCGAUCCUCUCCUUGUCGAAGCAGCUCUGGAAAUGUACCAGUGUUCAGAGGAGAAGACAACAGAACUUCUCCAGCUCAUGAGUAAAUUUAAAGAAAUGGGCUUUGAACUGAAAGACAUUAAGGAGGUCUUAUUAUUACAUAACAAUGACCAGGACAAUGCUUUGGAAGAUCUAAUGGCCCGGGCAGGAGCCAGCUGAAGACGCUGUGGUUCUUGGAGUAUAAUGGAGAGUGCCUCCAGGGGAAGGCAGCCUGCCCAUGUAACCAGACCUCUGCCAUCUUCGCAGCCGAAGAGUGUGAUGUGCUCUCUCUUUGGGAAGAAGCCCUGCGUUUCGUGUACAUUGGAGAAUGCGACUGACCGAGCCCAUCUGCGUGCGUCACUCCAGCGCGCUCUUCCCAUUGAGAGGAGUUAACUUCCUUUCUUAAAUUAAAUUUUGAAAGUGCCCUUUCCUAGGUUCCCUUUUCUGGUUUGGCCACGAAGAGUUUAGACUGCCCGACCUCGACUGGAAUUGUACAUAGACAAAGCUGGAAGUAUUUUUUUUUUCUCACUGUUGCACUGGACUUGGACAGAGGAAUGCAAAGUUGGUUUUGAAACAAGAAUGCUCUGGUUCUUUGAAGCUGCUUUCAUGGUGUCAGCUUCUACUGAAACACUGACGGACUGUAUCGCAGUUCAGAGUAACUGAAGUUGACGUUUAGUGCAAUGGAUCUUUAUUUUUAUUGGGUUGAAAAUUAGUCUGUAACUUAGUGGAACACUGGUUUCUAACCUGUCACUAUGCAUAAAGAGAGAAGCUGUUCCUUUCCCUCUUGUUUUUGGCCCUUCUGCCACACACUUCUGCCAGGCGUAGGUGUCCAGUGCUUGAGUGGUGUGUAAACAGAGUUUUUUUCAAAACAGGUAAGCUCUGAACUCUAGCUGGACUCACAGCCAGUGGCUUGAACCGAAGAGGUCAACUGGGCCGCUGCAAUCUCUCUCCUCCAGGUUUAUAGGUUAUUUAAACAAAUGCCCUCCUAGGAAAUCAGUUGAUGGUCUGUUUUAAAUGAUAUUCAGUGUGAAGCAGGGGGUUUAUCUUUCAAGCACUUUCUUUAAAUACAAACGAUAUACUCACUGCAUUAGUUCCAUUUUUUUCCACACUGCUUUACUUACAUAUUCAAUAACAUCUAGUAAUAGACAUCAGUUUUUUUUCGUUUGGUUUUGAUAGUUCAAACUGUAUUAUGUUGUACAUUGUUAAAGAUCUAAAUACAUAAAAUAUAAGCAGUUUCUUGAUUGAAUCUUUAAUUUGCUAAAUAUUUUGAUUCUGUAGAAAACUACUAAUAAAACCCUAAAAUGGAA